AAUUAAAAACAUUGUUGGAGUUAUAUUUGAUUUGAAAUUCUUUGCAUUCGCUUAUUAUUUUGUACGUGUGUGAAGAUAUGGAUUCUUACAUAUGGACUAGUUUCAAGCCGUAUGUUUAUUGUUUAUUAGUCAGUAUUUUCAGAAACGAAAAUUGAAAUAGAAUGGAGGACUCAACAAUUAAAGUUCACACAUUUGAAGAAAAUUUACUUGGCUGUCCAGUAGCAUUUCAUGUAAUGAAGAUGAAAGAGAGCUUAUUCAUUUGGAUUGGAGACCAAGGGAAUUUUGACAGUCUUGCUGUUGCUAUGUCAACACCUUAUAACAGUGCACCAAUUUCAUCUUCAUUAAUGGGACCCACAGCAGAUGAGAGCAGUUGCUCUCUAGCCUCGAGAUUAAGCAAGAAAAUAGGAAAGCAGGUUUUUGCUAGCUACAACAUAUCUCAAAGUGAUAGCAACUUAAUGCUGUAUGUGACACAAAGACUUAUACAAGAAAUGACUGACAAACCUGAAUAUUUUUAGGAAUGUAUUUAUAAUACCAAUGGCAAAAUUCAAAAAGUUUCAUAUGUAAUCAUAUCUUGCACCUCUAUACUGUGUCUUAAAAAGCAUUCAAUUGAUAUAUUUUUCAUUAAACACUGAUUUUCAUUUUA